AUGUAGAAAUCCCUGAAGAAGUUUCUCUCUCUUCCUCUUCUUCUUCUUGUCUCGCAUUUUGAUCUGUGGAUUUCGGUAACUCCACGAAGCUUUUUGAUUUUACACACACCUCUUCUCUCUCUUCUGAGAGGUCUAAUGUGAAACCAAGUACAUUGAAGAGCCAAAAUGCACUAUGAUUGCUAACUAUGUGAAAUCGAAUCUGGGACAUAUGUGCUGAACAAUUCCUAGUGUGCCGUUGGGUUUUUAAUAUCUGAGAUGGAUGAGUCCUCUCACUAGAAAUGAGUUCACUUUGACCUAUGUAGCUGUUGGCGUUCUGCAAAAGUUGUAUCUUUCAGUACCCUUGAUCUUCUUGGUAUCCUCUGAUUCAAGACAUUAAAUUCCCCGACUCAACCCUGUUCAUUUGUUUCUCUUAAAUGGGACCCAUCAAGAACAUUCUCUCUCUGCACAGGGCGGCAGCUCCAUUACGGCAAAGCACUAGAAGGUGGGAUGCAGUUUGCAGAUCAUUCAGUGCUCAAGCAACAACUACCGCAACCACUCCACAACCUCCACCACCACCCCCGCCUCCUGAGAAAACCCACUUUGGUGGACUAAAAGAUGAGGACCGCAUCUUCACCAACCUUUAUGGAUUGCACGACCCUUUCCUCAAAGGUGCAAUGAAGCGUGGUGAUUGGCACAGAACCAAAGACCUAGUACUCAAGGGAACUGACUGGAUUAUUAAUGAAAUGAAGAAGUCAGGGCUUCGUGGCCGUGGAGGUGCUGGUUUUCCAUCUGGUCUUAAGUGGUCGUUCAUGCCAAAAGUAUCUGAUGGGCGUCCUUCCUAUCUUGUAGUAAACGCUGAUGAGAGUGAGCCAGGAACGUGUAAGGACAGAGAAAUCAUGAGGCAUGAUCCACACAAGCUACUAGAAGGGUGCCUUAUUGCAGGAGUAGGCAUGAGGGCCAGCGCAGCUUACAUCUACAUAAGGGGAGAGUAUGUAAAUGAGCGUUUGAACCUCGAAAAGGCCUUAAAAGAAGCUUAUAAAGCUGGACUAUUAGGGAAGAAUGCAUGUGGUUCUGGCUAUGACUUUGAUGUGCAUAUCCACUAUGGUGCUGGUGCUUACAUUUGUGGUGAAGAGACUGCACUUCUUGAAAGUCUCGAAGGGAAACAAGGUAAACCUAGAUUGAAGCCUCCAUUUCCAGCUAAUGCUGGGUUAUAUGGCUGCCCAACAACUGUUACCAAUGUGGAAACAGUGGCUGUUUCUCCAACCAUCUUAAGAAGAGGACCUGAAUGGUUUGCUAGUUUUGGCAGAAAGAACAAUUCUGGGACAAAGCUAUUUUGCAUCUCAGGUCACGUGAAUAAGCCUUGCACUGUUGAAGAGGAAAUGAGUAUACCAUUAAAGGAACUGUUGGAGAGGCACUGUGGGGGAGUCAGAGGUGGGUGGGAUAAUUUGCUUGCCGUGAUACCAGGGGGUUCUUCUGUGCCAUUGCUUCCCAAGCACAUCUGUGACGAUGUUUUGAUGGAUUACGAUGCACUCAAGGCUGUGACUUCUGGGUUGGGAACUGCUGCGGUGAUUGUCAUGGACAAAUCAACUGAUGUAGUGGAUGCUAUUGCCAGGCUUUCGUACUUCUACAAGCACGAGAGUUGUGGUCAGUGCACACCCUGUAGGGAGGGAACAGGAUGGUUGUGGAUGGUCAUGGAAAGGUUGAAGGUUGGAGAUGCAAAGCUGGAAGAGAUUGACAUGCUGCAGGAGAUCACGAAACAGAUAGAAGGGCACACAAUCUGUGCUUUGGGUGAUGCUGCUGCUUGGCCAGUUCAGGGCCUGAUCAGGCAUUUUAGACCCGAGUUAGAGAGGAGGAUUAGGGAACGUGCAGAUAGGGAACUACUGGAGGUUGCAUCUGCUUAAGCCACCUUCCACACCCAGGUUGGCUAUAUCUUUGAUGGCUUUCCCUGUUCCGUAAAGUAAGAAUACUAUUCGGAUGUUUGUCUUUUGUUUUUAUUUUUGUUAAUGCUGUGUUUACAUGAUCAAACAAAUGUGUCCUUCAUGAAGUGUAAGUGACCCAAUGGGUAACGGUGCGCAUGCCGGAAAGUGAGCCAGAUACUUAUUGCUAGUUACAGGAAAAUUUGGUUUCACUAGCAAAUCAUAUUUAUUUAAUAGUAAAUCUUUUGCCUUGUAGUUUGCAGUUCACCUGAUCUGGUGGAUAUUGUUGAAUAAAAAAGGUUGAAGGAACUAAAUUCGAUUU